CCGCGUUGUUCGCCUGAGCAAAAUUCGGCGGACAAAAAGUUCACAAAACAAUUUAUCAGCAAGUUUUGUCUGAAACGAAUAGGAUUCGUCCACGUGGCAAUACAACAAAUUUCAAGAAUUUUUUUUUUGUCACUCCUCCUUUUUUCUUGGAUUAGUGGAAGUUGUGAAGUGGUGUGUGUGCGUUGACCCAACAGCGACAGCAGAGAUCUUAAUCUCCAAUCUCUGACAAUGGCGAACGCGAUUGGAUUCUUCGAGCUCAACACCGGCGCUAAGAUUCCGUCGGUGGGUCUCGGAACAUGGCAGGCCUCUCCUGGCAUCGUCGGAGAUACCGUCGCCGCCGCUGUUAAGAUCGGCUAUCGUCAUAUCGAUUGCGCUCAGAUGUAUGGCAAUGAAAAAGAGAGUGUUGCUUUCCUGUUUCUGUCUGGAUGUGUCUCUCAUGAGGAUACUUAUAUAACUCAUUUCAUGUGCAGAUUGGGGGCAGUUUUGAGAAAAUUGUUUGAAGACAGAGUAGUGAAACGCGAGGAAUUGUUCAUCACCUCCAAGCUCUGGUUAACAGAUCAUGACCCUCAAGAUGUGCCUGUGGCAUUGAACAGAACUCUACAGAAUUUGCAGCUUGACUACGAUCUAUAUUUGAUGCAUUGGCCUGUACGGAUGAAGAAAGGUUCUGUUGAAUAUAAGCCAGAGAACCUUUUGCCUUUAGACAUUCCUAGCAGAUGGGAAGCGAUGGAAGCACUGUAUGAUUCAGGCAAGGCACGAGCCAUAGGUGUAAGCAACUUCUCGACCAAGAAAUUAAGUGAUCUCUUGGAGUUAGCUCGUGUUCCUCCUGCUGUUAAUCAGGUCGAAUGUCAUCCUUCUUGGCGACAGACUAAGCUACGAGAGUUCUGCAAAUCCAAAGGAGUUCACCUCAGUGCAUACGCGCCAUUGGGUUCUCCAGCAACAACGUGGUUGUUCAUAAGCGAUGUUCUCAAGAACCCUAUACUAAAUACGGUUGCUGAAAAACUCGGAAAGUCUCCUGCUCAAGUUGCGCUUCGCUGGGGAAUCCAAAUGGGACACAGUGUACUUCCCAAAGGUACUAAUGAAGGAAGAAUGAGAGAGAGCAUUGAUGUUUUCGACUGGUCAAUACCUGAUGACUUGUUCGCCAAGUUUUCUGAUAUUGAACAGGCUAAGUUAUUCAGUGGUUACUUCUUUGUUCACGAGACAAUGAGCCCUUACAAGAUUGUCAAAGAAUUAUGGGAUGGCGAGAUAUGAUGAUAUUCAGCUCAUCUACUUUUUUGUUUUUGUAUGGGAGGUUUCUGUCUGUUUAGCUUGGUUUGUUCCUAAAUGUCAAAAAAACAUGCCACUAAUAUAACAAUCUACAAUUAUAUUUGCAUAUGUAAAACAAAUAUGGUUGUAAAUACCGAAAAUGUAUUGUACUCACCUAAUUAUACAUUUGCCAUGUAUUUAUAAUUCGAUUUUAGGUGACUAUGUGAUAGUUUUUUUUUGUUGGUCAA